UCAGAGUCGAGUGAUUAUUAGUAACGCUAGCAUUGAGCCAGGAAAUGUAUUCGCUGGUUACAUAAAAAACGGGAAAGAGAAAUUUUGUCCUUCUAAAAGUUCUUUUUUUGGUGGUGGCGACGCGCUCUGAGUGUAGUUCCGAGGAUACAAAUCAGUAAUUUCAGCAAGGAGAAAAGUUCAAUUUUCGGAAGGAAAAUUCUUCAAUACAACCCCUCAAUUGGUGGGGUCGGUUCAGCUUUGUGUUUGACCCCCGCGGUGGGAAAUAAUAAAAUGAAUUUAGAAGUUUUCCUAGAAGCAGCGAGGCAAAUGUAUCACGCAGUUGGUGGGUUCUUUUUCCACACAACUGGAGAGAAAUGGUGGUGAUGUGAAAGAUUUCGCCUUUCCUUGAUUCGAUAAAGUGGAAUCCGGAUGCCCUUGGAUCAGGGUUGAAAAAUAUGAAAAUCCGACGCAGCUUACAAAUUGGAGUGUUGUGAAGCAAGGAAAAAUCACAAAAGAAUACGAAGAAAAGUGUACGCGGAUGCUCGUGAUCAAUAUACACACAAGGAAGAGAAAAUAGUCCGUGCCGUAUAGCUGUGUGUGGGGUGGAAAAAUCUCAUCCUUGGCGGGUCCUGAGUCCUUGCCAGAAUCAGGAGUAGGAGCGGGAGCAGAUAUCAGCCUGGAGCGAUGGUGGCGGGAGCGAAAAGCCCUCUUUAGUCAAGAUUUAGGUUAACGGAGGAAACUCUGCCUCGGCAGUGUACGAAUACAUAUCAUAUCGAAUGCCUCGUCGUUUCUAUACAAACGUAGUGUAAGAAUUUAUCGUAAGUGUGGGAGAGAGAUAUAUAGUAGGAGGGCAAGUAAUUUUAAAAUCGAUGAACUAGUAUCAACACAGUUCAUCUAUCCAAUACAUAUCAGAUAAAGUGGCUUUGGAAUCGAGAGCGUGCGAGUAAGUAGUGUACAGUAAAAGUCUGCCGAAGGAAGAGGAGAAUCGUGUUCCAACAGCAAGAAGCGAGUGUGCUGGGCAAAAGUUUUUAUCUAAGCGGUAUGGGAAAAGCUGUAGGCAGGAAAAGUGGAAAGUGUUCUGUAAAUUGAUGUAUAUGUGUGAAUGUGAGCUGAAAGUUGGAAGUGGGUUUGCAGUGAAGAAAACAGAAGAAUCAGAAGAAGUGAAAAAAUCAAUCGUCAAAUUGCAUCCCGCCACCUGCUGCUCCACCUUCGCCAACGCUCCCGGCUCCUCCGCCGCCGGGGCUGCAGUUCAGUGCUGCCAUCUGCAACCCAAUGCCCGAUGCAGCCUCGUGGUGCCAGCAGAUGGACCUAGGAGAUCGUUUCUGCUGCUCACACCGAUGCCCACAAAACGACGCGGUGAUCAAUUGAGGGAUUGUUCCGUUUCGUUGCCACUGGACAUUCUAUGGUUACCCAAAACGGCUAUGAGGCCCAUCGGGCCACCAGAAUCUUCCCACUCAGAGUGCGUCCUCGUCGUAGGCGUAUCCCGUCCUAAGCUAGCGGCUUUAUUCUUAUCGGUUAUGUUGUUAUCUUUGUUUCUUACGUUUCACAUUCUGUACGACAGCGCAGUCUACAGCAUUCAGGCUGCAACGGCCAUAUCCGAAAACAAGAUCGCCAUAUUAACAAAUCACAUUCCGAAUCCACCGGUGAUUAAUCAUCCUGUGGUGUUCCCCAACAGGAUCCAUUUUCCCAAGACGAGCAGAAGGCUUCCGCAGUGUUUGAUAAUCGGGGUGAGGAAAUGUGGAACACGUGCCCUGCUGGAGAUGCUGUACUUGCACCCAAGGAUUCAGAAGGCGGCGGGCGAGAUCCAUUUCUUCGACCGCGACGAAAACUAUCUCAAGGGACUGGAGUGGUACCGGAAGAAGAUGCCCCACUCGUUCCGUGGACAGAUUACCAUCGAGAAAAGUCCCAGCUACUUCGUGACACCCGAGGUCCCCGAACGCGUCCGGGCGAUGAAUGCCACCAUUAAGCUGUUGCUAAUCGUGCGAGAACCGGUGACACGGGCGAUAUCGGACUACACUCAGCUCCGGAGCCACGCGGCGACGGCGACGUUACCGCAGCAACAAAGUCUCUCUUCCACUUCGCCACUGUCGAGGUCGUUUGAAGAUUUGGCAAUUCUGCCGAAUGGAACCGUUAACGAAGCGUAUCGACCGCUGGCGAUAUCACAGUAUCACGUCCACGUGCACAGGUGGUUGGAGGUCUUCUCGCGGGAGCAAUUACUCGUUGUCAACGGUGACCAGUUGAUAGAGGACCCGGUGUCACAGCUGCGGCGGAUCGAGGAUUUUUUAGGAAUCGAGCCCCGAAUCGGUAGCAAUAACUUCUACUUCAACGAGACGAAGGGUUUCUACUGUCUGCGCAACGAAACCGGCGACAAGUGCCUGCGGGAGACGAAGGGCCGCAAGCAUCCCCGGGUCGAUCCGGUGGUGGUGUCGAAACUGCGCAAGUUUUUCGUCGAACACAAUCAAAAAUUUUACGAACUGGUCGGCGAGGACCUCGGCUGGCCGGAGGAGUAGAAGAGCAUUGUCACUGUCACGCCACCGGCUCCAACGGAUUCCAGAGGGCAUCGCACAAAAGCUGAAAUGAGUAAACGGGUAGACGGGAUAGUUCAAGGAUCGAAAACACGAGAGGUAGGUGUAAAGCUGAACUGAAUUAGUAGAGAAAGCUAUCCCAGGAUGACGAACGGGUUCAGCAUCCGACGCGUAGCGUAAAACAGCGAAGAAACCAUGCAACCAAAUCCAAGCAGGAAAGUAAGAAAGCUUUCAGUAGUAGCGCACGUUUUUGAAACGUUUUAGAUAGGGAUUAAUUAGUACAAAAUCAAUAUUUUUGAAUCGCAGGGGGUGCUUUUUUGGUAAAUACUACGCGGGCACCGGAAGGCACACGGCAGGUCGACGGACACGGGGGCCACGUGGAAUUGUCUACAGGAAGUUGGUUUAGCGGAUUUCGCGGAAGAAGGUGUUUUUGUCUGGCACCAUAUCUAGACGGUGUCAUUAGACUGGGGUGGAAAAUGGCUUUCACAUUCAACAGCAGCAAUGGCAAAAGUAACCACCGAAUGAGAGAGAACGCGCGAUGAAAAUGGCAAAUAAAGGCAAGAUUUAUCCGUUAUUCGAAGUUUGCUGGAAUCGUCGUUAGAAUAAUACCGUCGAGAGCGUAACGAGGCGCUUUCGAAGAGCCAAGAGGGGAGGAUAGGAACGUUUUGUGAAACUUGGAUGAAAUUAUAUUUAACGGAAACCUAAACAAAGAUUAGACUCUGUGGUGUGGCAAGGCGCACGCGAGCAGUUGGAAAUGGAAACAACGGCUCAUUAAAUUUAAAUAAGGGCCGCUAUAACGGGCAUGUUGAAGAUUUGAAUUUAAUUGGUAUAACAAGAUUUUGCUGUAACAGCGUGCCUUGUGUGACAGUUACGAGAAGCGAUUAACUGCUGGUUUUGCAUUUCUGUUUUUUUUUAUUUUAGAUUUGAUUGUUUUCAUCGAAAUUGCGUUUAAAAUUACACCUUAGUUUUUGAUCGAAUGACUUUCAGUAACAAUGAAAAUCUGUGAUCUAGCAAAUUUUAUCUAUUUUUUUAAUAUGGAGCAAAUGGUUUUGUAAAUAACCUGAAUUGGCGUGUUUUUUGUUAUCAAAACAAAGAUCAGUAAAAUCGAACGGUGAACAGCAAUUUGUAGGUUUUUUGGUGACUUGGGAUAAAAAUGUUAAUGUACAAUUUGAAUACGAUGGGGAAUGAUGAAGCUUACUUUCAAAUCAUUUUGUUUGUUCGAAAACGUCGAAAAUUAGUUUAAGAUAGGAGUCUAUUCAACGUGAAACAAUUAGAAAUUCAUUUUUCUGCGUUUAUAAUCAUAUUGUGCAUUUUGGGCUCGUUCAAAAAUAUUUUAUUUUUUUGUGUAAUUCCAAUGUACAGUACCGCAAAAACAUUUUGUCCUUGUUUGGUCAGAGUCGAGGGACAUAAACAUUAAAAAAUAGUUGCAACGUUCCAAUUAUGGAGACGCAUGGUGUUCCAUAAAUAAAGGUUUUGUGUAACCAUAGAGUUAUUAUAACAUGUAAAUAUAUAUCAUGUAUUAUUGCAAGC